CGCGCCGCGUCGUGGCCUCCCCAGCAAAUAACCCCCAGACAAUAUUAACCCCAAGCCGAAACCCCAACAAAGCCCAGUCUCCACUUUAAACCGAGAAACGCGGAAAAUACAAAUCAAAUUAGAAACGCAAGAAAAAAAAACCGCAAAAAAAAGCCCAAAAGUUAAGAAAACAACCCGAAAAAAGUUCCUCUAACACCGAUUGAUUUUUUUUUUUUUUGCUGUGCGAGCAAGACAAAGAAAAGAAAGAGAGUGUGUUCUCUAAAAAGAAAAAGUAAUACAGAAAGAAGGAAGAAAGGAAACCAAUGCAAAGAUGUGCCACAAUUCGGCCAUUAUGGAAAAAAACAACGACGAGCAGCAGAUCGAACGGUACAUGGCCUGCGGUAUGCCCUCCAAGGCAGUGCGCAGCGUUAAGUAUACGCUAAAGAAGCGCGAGAAGAAGCAGCAGCAGAAGAAGGAGGCGGAAGAGCAGCAACAACAGAGAAGCUUACAGCAACAACACUUACUGGAGGACCUCCAACUUAGCAGCAGCAGCGGCAGCGGCAGCGAUGCAACCGCCAGCAGCGCCAGUGAUAGCGAGGAUAGCGGUGCCGAUGUUGCGCCUGUGAACAAAACUGCUACCGUUUCGGAAGUAACCUUUAAGGAACAAAUCACCGCUGACACUGCCGUCAAAAGGGGCAGUUUCAAUAGCAAUAUUAACAGUGAACUUCUCAAAUUCUGCCCGCACUACCGUAAAAUGCAACAACAGCAAAAGCAACAACAGCAGCAACAGGAACAAAUGAUAAUGAAAGAGCAGAAACAGAAAGAGGAAGCGGAGAGCGGUGAAAUAACGGAACUCUCGGCAGCCGCUCUAAAAGCCCAACAGCAGCGAAAGCUUAGCUCCAUGGAGCCCUCAAUGGACGAUGCUCUGGCCAUUGGCACCCAGAUGACCCGUCAGGUGUCCGAGCGUAUCACCUGUCUGGUGGCCCAGCUGCAAGCCAGCCGUUUAUACACAAUUCUGACGCGUACAACACAACCAGCACACUUGAUAGCCGUUGGCAUAUUGGCCUUUGUGCUAAUGACUGUGGGACGCGAUCUCAUCGAUCCAACGACAACCACUGUGACAUCAACAACAACAUCAACAUCAGCAACAACAACAGAAGCAACAUCAAGACCAUCGACUAUACCAGCAGCUUUGGUCUAUCUUGGUGCCUUUGCCACCCACUUUGGAUCCCAGAUCUGGAUGACAUUUGUGUCUGGUCUCUCGCUAUAUUUCUCCCUGCCACGUCAUGUAUUCGGACAGUGCCAGCAAAUAUUAUUCCCUCGCUACUUUGCCCUCAAUGCAAUGCUCAGUUUAACCAUGUUGGUUGUCUAUGCCAAAUACUUUUUGAGCGGAUGGACAACGGCGGCUGGCAUUCAAAUGGGAUCCCAUGCCUUGGCCACCGGCAUUGAGGUGGUGGUGCGUCUGUAUUUGGUGCCACCGAUGUUGCAAUUGAUGCACGAGAAAUACAGGAUCGAGGAUGCAAUUGGAAGUGGCCAGGAGGUUGGCAGUUUGGUUCAGGGCGAUCUUGUCGAUUGCCCGCAUUACCAACGCAUUCAUAAGGGAUUCCGGCGUAUUCACAUGACCAUUGCCAUUGGCAAUAUGACCGUCAUGCUGACAACGUGUCUGCAAUUGUAUUUUCUGGCAUCGAAAAUACAUUUCAGCUAAGGCACUAAGGCUGAGCGGAGUGAAGAAUUUAUUAGAGAACCAGGGAUGCCCAAAAAACACAUAUACCUAACUCUACGAAUUUUGAAAUCAAUUGAGAAUUAAUUUGUUCAAAUCGAAAAGAGGUUUCGCUGGGCAUUCCUCAUAGAAUAAGUUAACAUCAUCAUCACCAUAAGCACAUUAAAUCACAAUACCAACCGUAUAUUGCAAUGUUCAGUGCUUUUCUCAAAAAAAAA